AUGGCUUCGAAAGGAGAGACCGACAGUUUGAGCGAGGAGGUGAUUUGUCCCGUCUGCCUGGAUUUCUUCACCGAUCCGAUUAUACUGGAGUGUGGACACAACUUCUGUCGCUCUUGUAUCACACAGUAUUGGGAAAGGGAGGAGAGAAACUCCUGCCCGGAAUGUAGAGAGGAGUUUGCUGACCGCACCCUCAGGGUGAAUCGGGCCUUAGCAAAUCUGACACAGAAAGUUCGGAAUCUAAGCCUGAAUCCGAAAGGGAAGGAAAGUAAACGUCACUGCGAGGAACAUGAGGAAGAACUGAAGCUGUUUUGUGAAACAGACAAGACACUGAUCUGUAUGAUCUGUGCAGUGGCGGAGGAACACCGAGAGCACCGCUUCCGGCCGAUUAAAGAAGCUGUUAAAAAAUACAUGGAUCAGCUAAAAUCUUCCUUAGACUCUCUCACAAAAAAGGAAUCAGACUUCCAGGAAAAGGAGCAGCAACAGAAAGAGAAGAUUUCCGGAGUUCGGGAACAGUCACACAGCCUUCAGUCCCACAUCACAUCGCAGUUUGCUGAACUGCGCCAGAUUAUCACUGAGAAAGAGCAGAGCUUACUCAGGGAUCUCAGGGAAGAAGAGAAGAGGAUUCUCAACCCAAUGGAGAAAAAUCUUCUAGCUCUUCAAGAGAAUAUAAGGAUUAUUCAGGAGGAAAUCACUAAGUUAAAGGAACAGAUGGAUCAAAAAGACAGUGUGAUAUUUCUCAAGGAGGAAGCUCGUCGGAACAGAAGGAUUAAUGACGAUGUCCAGGAAUUGUCAGUGACAGAUGAGACCCUACCGGUUGAAAAAUUCGAUCACCUCUAUUUGUUGAACACAGUGCUGAGAGAAACGCUUGAUGCUAUUAAUCGAGUUUCGGAGAAUGAGAGGAGAUCUCAUGGAAACACAAAAUUCUUUCAGGGGUCAACAGGCAGGAGUGAGCGAGGAUGUUUCCCCUGUUCAGCGGAAAACCCUUGUGGAGACAUCUGCUUUUGUCGAAUCAAAGUCUCUGUCACCCUGGAUGAGGAAACGGCGAAUCCGCGGCUCGAGGUGUCUGAGGAUCGGAAGAGUGUGAGACGGACCGGGACCCGGUGGAAUCUCCCUGACACCGGGAAGAGAUUCACAGACUGGGCUUGUGUGCUGGGAUCGGAGGGAUUCCCAUCGGGGAGACAUCACUGGGAGGUGGAGGUGACGGGGAAUCGGGUCUGGUUUCUGGGAGUCGCCGCAGAGUCUGUGGAGAGGAAGAGACGGGUCAGUCUGAGUCCGGAGACCGGAUUCUGGGUCAUCAGGCGGGAUUAUGACGUGUUAUAUCGGGAUCGUGACCUCAAACUGUGA